GGGAGAGAUUUUUCGCAGCAACUGACCUGUUCACACCAAGGUGAAUUCUUCGUCGCGACAGCACGAUGGAAACGAAGAUAGCGCUUAUUUUUAAAUGAUCGAAUAACGACAGUUGAAUUUAAUUUCUAUCGACUGUUAACUGCAAGAUUACUUGUCAAAGUAGCAAUGGUCACACGGUCACAGUAACAUUACAGAAUGAUUAUAUUCUCUGUUAGCAUUUAACGCAUAUGACAUCCCUUUAAUAAAAACUAUGAAUAAUUAAAUGUAUGUUUUAUAGAUGAAGAAGUAAAUAUCAAUCAAAAAGUUUGAAGUAAAAAUAUUUUCAAAUUACACCCUACAUAUUCAUCGCAGUUUGGAUCCGGUGCAACUCGAAGUUCAACGGGUCGACGUCUUCGGCAAUGAUUCGUUAUCUUUAGUAGCAGAUUGUUAAGUUGGCGCAGUAUUGAAGGGGUUAUAUUAAAUAUGUGAGCCGAGGUGUAAGUUGACGGGCCUCGGUAAAGCAUGAUUAAUUCAAAUCUCUAACAACCACGAAUAAAUGAAAGUCAAUAGUUUGCAAAACAACGGGUCAUGGGGAACUGCCUCGGCCGUUGUUUUGCCAGUGUCACCGAUCCAUCGCUAUACAGGUCGUUUCGUAGACAUUCCAGCAUGUAUUUGCAGGAGAAUGAAACUACCGAGAUUGUUAUUGACAUUUCAGUUCUGCGAGCAUGCCGAUAGGGAUGAAUUUGUGCUAUCUUCUGAGAGGCCAAAAAGUUUGUUAUCGUUCCUCUCAUUGAAACGAUUCAAGAAAAGACGUGGAGUUCCAAUUUCACUGGAAUUAGCUGAAGAUGGAGGGUGGCCAAUGGGCGGUAGUAAAUAUGUUAGGUUGAACUCCAAACGUAAUGCAUCAGUCAGUUCUGGCCUAGAUACAUCACUUCAAACUUUAGAUGCCAGAAAUUUGAUGAAGCAAGGCUACAUGCCUACCCCUGCCUCAUCUCUAGACUUGGAAUGGGAACAUGAAGGUUUUCCAUUGUCUCCUCGCAGUGAAGUAAAUGCAGAAAACACUGAAAAUUCGACUUCUUUGCCAUCAGCAAAUAACAGUCAACCAUCUAGUCUGACAGCUUCACCUUGGUCCAGAGUUUCAACGCCAAACAGUUUAGAGUGGGAUCCAGUGGAAGCUGAAAUGGUGUGCGUAGAUGUAGAGACUGAGCAAUUGUUAACAGAGAUUGAGAGACUGACUGAUAGAGCACUAAAAGAAACUGGGGAAUGGACUAGCAGUAGCUGAUAGAUGAUGAUACCCCAUAAAAUAUAAUUAAACUCUCAGCCAAACAAUUGUAUAACAUUGCAUUGUAUUGAAUGAAGUGAUGAAGUCUCUCCAUAAUAGCAUGUGCUGCAAAUGUGUAUAUUCGCUUGCCAGUUCAGGUGCUGUUGCAAAUUUUAGCACUCUUCUAUUCCUUGUUUAUUAUCAAUAACAAUGAUCCUUAGUUACAUACAUAUGCAAUUUAAAGAUUUGUUUUCCAGAGAAGAAAUAUACCCAGCAACGCCAAGGUGAAAAUAGCUGAGUUACUUGUUUUGAAUAACUGUUAUAAAAUAUAUUUCAAGUUUUUUGUAUAACAAAUAUUAGAUACUGAUCUCUUCUACAGAAAAUGUUACAUUUCUGUCAAAAUAUUGUAUUAGAGAGUUCAAAAGAGAUAGAUUGGAUCUGUUGGAAGUAGGUGGUUAGUAUUUUCAAGUAAAAUGCCUGAAUUAUUGUAGAAGAGAUACUACGUUGCACUGCUUAAAUUCUAUGAUGCGUUGCACUUUUAUAUUAUGAUGUUAUUGAGCUGACGUUAUUGGCGUCAGUUUUUUUUUUUAUAUUUCAGUUUUUCGUGAAAACGUAUAUUAUAUGCAUAAAAAUCGCACAUUUAUGGAAAUACACAAAAAGUGAGAGAAAAUAUCUUAAAGAAAGAUAUUUCAGAUUUAAUUUUUAAUAUAACUGACAGUAUAUACCUAACAAGCUAUGUCUUCAGUUACGCCAUGCAGAAGUAUAACAUUUGCAAGGGACUACCGCACAUUGAAAGAGUUGGUCAAUCAAUGAGAUAAUACUAUAUCCAAAGUUUUAUGAUAGCACAUUUUGCACUAAAUCGAAGUCAUUGACGCUUAUAGAUUAUUAUUAUAAUGACAUAGGAUAAGCUGAAAUUUCUUCUUUCUUAUCAACUCACAUUGCUGCAAUAUUUAGUCAUGCAACAAACAAAUUUAACGAACUUACCAAAAAUUAUUUUACAAUACAAAAAAUAAGGCAGUUUUAAAUGAUCAAUUGAAAUUUAUCUGAUAUGGUUGAAACAUGUAACAUUUCCACAUUGCUGUAUGACAUGUUAUGCUCUUUUGGGUAAGAGAAUAGUGAUAGUUCGCUAUUAUAAUUAGAUAGCUGAGCUGGGUGAUUUGUCAGAACUUGGAUAAAAUUAGGGGUCUUUUGUUUUAAGCUGCUGUACGGACACAUGUACAGGUUCUUCUUCCUCAGCAAGCACAUUGGUCUUAUUUUAUUGCUGAAAUGUUUUCAUGAUGUGUACCUUACAGUGAUUAGGCUGGGACCAAAUUUCAAGGGUACAGAUGUGUUAAUUCCUUUUUUAUCCUUCAGUAGAGUAAAAUAAAUUGAAAAGUUGUACAUUUGCAUUCCAUCAUGGGAAAUACAAUGAAACUAAAUAAACACAUGCGCCUGUUUUAUAGAAGAAAAAUCUGUCAAUUUUCAACAGAUGAUAACAAAAGUUCUGGCUUAUGGAUACCAUAAAAUUAUUGAAUGUGCCUAGGAAAUGAUGUAUAGAUAGACUAUUAUAUAUGUAUACAGGGAAUGUUACGUGUAUUCUGUGGACAGAAAUACCUACAUGUAUAUUAUAUGUACAUAUAUAUAUAUAUAUAUAUAUACAUAAAACUGUAAUAAGACUAUUGAUAUCGUUCCAAGUUUGAAAAUUAAAUUUGUACAUAUGCAGAGAGAUUAUCAUAUCAGAGGUUGAGAUGAAUGAUACUGCUGCAGCAAAUAAAGUAAAAAUGUUACGAUGUAAUAAUUACUUAGUAUGUGUUAAACGGUGAGUUUAUAUAAUAUGCUUGAAUAAACAACUUAUUUACCAUA